AAAUCAUUAGGCCCAGAUUCUAUAAACAUCCUUACUUCGUAUAGACCAGCCAUCUUAGCCACUGCUGUCUAUACCUCAUAUACCCCUGUUAACCCUCCAUGCGUGUUUGAUCAUGACUGGCCAGUCUCACAGUUCACGUUCACAGCCGCCGCCCAGGGCGCUUGCAGUUGGCAAAUCGACUCUUGUCUGCCCCAUUGACCGCCAUGGAUUGUUUGAGGGCUGAAUCCAGCCUGACGAGGCUGAAAUUCCCCCGCUUCCACUGCUGUCUUACACCGUCACCUCUCCCUCAGCAAUCGAAAUGCCCGACUUUCCAUCCAAACACCAUCUGGAAACAUGAACUACACUUCGGAGAACCUGCGAACGGACUUGCUGGUCGAACAGCUGAAGAAAGACACGACAGAUGGGCGCGAGAAACAAGCGCUGCAGGCGCUGGUGACACAGAUGGUGAAGCUGUUCAGGGAUGACCCGCGACCUUCGUACUGGGAAGAGGCAUCAACGAUAUGCGAAGUCACCUCCCCAGAGGACUAUCAUGCUCUACUGCUUGCCUUCUAUCAAGCAAUCAGCGCAGCUCAGUCGCCUCCAGACCUGGAGCUUUUGCGGUGCUUUGCUGCCUGUCUUCGCCAGAGCAAGGACGCCAUCUCCGGGCUAGGGGCUCCAUUGAACACCCUUCUCGGCUUCCUCACCCAUGCAACCAGCUUCAACGAGCUCGAAACCCAGUACUGCCUCCUCCACACGAUCGGAACGGUUCUCGAUGCGAUGGUGGAUAUCAAAGUGUCUGGCAUCGACAAGCAGACAGUCCAAACCCCGAUCAAGAACAGACUCGAGGCCCUUAAAGGCCACCACGAACCACGCACUGCUUUGGCAGCCCGGUAUGCCCUCCAGGCUUUAGAUCGCAUUCCGGACAACGAUAGCCCUUGGCAAGUGUUCUGCCAGCAGGGGGGCACGGCCAUCUCCGCCGCGGCGAAGGUCUCGACGGCCGCUCUCAACCUCGACUUCGAGACCCUUCUCAAAGCCGUACCCGAUCUGCGGGAGCUGUACGCCUUCUUUGCCGAUGUUGCAGACAAAUGGACCGAACGGUGGAGGGAGAGCGAAGGUGUCAAGGACUUUAUUGCUUUGCUGCGAGGCGUCUCGGAGCGGAAGGGUUGGUAUGAUGCCCUGCGCAUCUCUGAUGCCUUUGUCCAGUCAGGGGCGCUUGCCGCAUUGCAAGCCUUCGUCUGUCCAUCCAAAUGGCAGCAGGACGGCCUGUUCUGGUGUGGGCUGUACAGCCAGCUUGAACGGCGAUGGAUCACUAGUGAUUCACCUGCCAGAGACCAGGUGCAGAGCUUUAUCAACUGGACCUUGCAGCAGCCUUUCUUACAAGCCAUGCUGGUAAAGAGCAACGCCCUUCUCCCCUGCUGGAUUCACAUUGUCGCCGACACGAUGAAACAGCCUCACUGGAAGAAGAAUCUGCCCACCCUGAAACGCAAAUUUCCCUUGUGUUUUCUCUCGGACAAGAAGCAGUAUGAUUUCCAGAUGAAGGCGCUGCCUCACGAAUACCAGAAACAGACUCGUCUUAAGGACGACUGCAAUCUGCUUCAAGCAGCUAAACUACAAUGUCCUGACGCCUUGUUGUUCUUUGCCGAUAUCAAGCUUCGGCAGUACUACACCCGUCAGAGUCGGCUGGAUAUCAAACGUCUCUCGGGAGCAACCAUUCCUAUAGACAGCUGCUAUAUCAAUCUUUCCCUUGUUGAGAAGCCUAUGGGCAAGGACCAACAGGAUCGUCAAGGCGCGCUCUCGCUCUUGCAACGAAUGAAGCAGGAGACACCUAGCGCAGACAAGAAGGAGGUCCUCUUAGUCGACCUCUUCAAACCUCGUAAGCUGCCUGGUGGCAGCUAUGGCCGACCAAAUCGCAUACUCAUUCGCGGGCGUGCUGGGGUCGGAAAGACGACGCUGUGCAAGAAGAUCACCCACGAUUUCUAUACAAACCAGCUUUGGGCAUCGGAUUAUGAUCGCAUCCUGUGGCUUCCACUGCGUAAACUCCGGGAGGAAUAUUCCCUCGACCAGUUCCUCAAGAAGGAGUAUUUCGACGGCACGCCAGAAGCCGAUGCUUUGUGUCGUGAGCUUCAAGACUUGAACCACACCCGGACUCUGUUCGUGCUUGAUGGCCUGGAUGAAAUUAUCCACGACCAGAGGCCAGGAGGGAGUGUGAGUGAAGCUUUUGAGUCGCUAUUGAACCGGAGCAAUGUGAUCAUCACCUCCCGACCAUACGCCGUAUUUCCUGCUGGCCUGGAGAAAUAUCAUCUUGAGAUUGAGACAAUCGGGUUCCAUGAUCAUCAGAUCACUUCCUACGUUCAUAACGUCGUGAGUAAUGGUACGAUAAGGGAUCAGAUCAAAGACUUUAUCAACCGUCAUUGGAUCAUCAAGAGCCUUGUUCAGAUUCCCAUUCAAUUGGAUGCCGUCUGCUUUACAUGGGGAGAAGGAUUAGAACAAUCACCAGAGGAGACCGAAAGCUUGACCACCAUGACAGCUCUUUACCAGGCGAUUGAAAUCAAGUUAUGGAAUAAGGAUCUGCUCCGACUAGACACUAGGGUUAACGAAACCCUCUUGACAGAGGAGAGGGCCAGGCUUUUUCGCAGUCGACAGCUCAUAAAAGCCCAGGCGCGGGAGGAUCUGGAGAUGGUUGAAUUUAUCGCCUUCUUCGGCAUGUACCACAACAUCACCGAGUUCAAUGUGCGGACGCGCCAUUCGAUUGACAAUCACUUUGGGAAACCCUCAGAAGACAACCUGCGGAAAACUUCCUUCUUACGAAGCUCUGACGCGUCCGAGGGACACCAUAAUCAAGACUACUAUUUCCUCCAUCUCACCUUCCAAGAAUACUUUGCCGCGCAAUAUUUCGUCCACCGGUGGAUUCAUGGCCAAGAUCUUGAGACUCUAGAUCACAGAUCAGGCAAACUGAUAUCAAUACGACCAACAGACUUCCUCGCCAGGGAGAAAUACAAUGGCCGCUUCGAUAUCAUGUGGCGAUUCGUGACUGGGAUUCUGCACUCAGAAGAUAAAGACUACCUGGUCUCAUUCCUCGAGACGAUAAACAACGAACCGAGGGACUUGUUUGGCCAAGUGCAUUCUCGGCUUCUUAUGCAUUGCUUCUCCGAGAUUCUACCAGUGGACGAUUCUCCUCGUUUGAUGCAUUUGAGCAAGAUCCUUGAGAGCGAACUCGCUCAACUUUUGAUUGUUCAAAGUCAAUAUUUUAUCAGAAAUCUGUUAGCUUCAGAGAUGGAAUUCCCCGAGCAUAUCCUAUCAACCCUCAUCCAGAAAGGAUCAACUGCCCAGAAAAAGGCUGCUCUAGGAGCGAUUAGUAAUCGCUCUCAUAUAUCCCCAGGUCUUUUCCGUUGUGUCCGGGAUAUCUUCAACUCCAGCCAUCUCGACGACGAGGAGAAGCUGAAAGGGCUGGCUGCCCGGGUUAUUUGUCAGAAUCCAAACCUUUCCCAACAAUCUGCCAUCGAUUGCAUACGCCAUUCAUCUCGAUAUGUCUCUUAUAAUGCCCUCAUCAAGCUGCGAAAUCAAACAAGCUUACCGGAGAAUAUACUUCGUGAGGUGGUAUCUGUAUUUAACGGCGAACAUGGCGACGAUGCAUCUUCUGUCGUUGCAAGCCAAGCCAAUCUCCCUGAAUCUAUUAUUGAUGAUCUACUCUCGCUUCUGCAAGACAAAAAUGGGAAGAUUCGUGAAAAUGCCGUCCAUGCAUUGAAGAGGCAGUUCUUACUUUCUCAGACUGUUUUCAAUCACAUCGUCGACCUCCUUGAUGAUCAAGAUGAAGAAAUUCAGGGCGCUUGCCUUUGGGUUCUCCAGGAACAUUGCAAUUUACCUCAGGACAUCAUCAAGAAAGUGGCAUCACAGUUUGAGACAUCGGCAAGUGACUAUAUCGUUUACAUGGCAGGUAGCGUUCUAGAACACCAGAAUACUUUACCUGAAAGCACCUUGGAACAGGUAUGGCGUGUACCUGGAGAUAGCCAUGACGCCUGGCAGAAAGGAUUCGAUAUUCUGCAUAAACAUGGUCUUGUCUCCCCGCAGGAAUGCUUGGCCAGAUUCAAAAUAUUAAAAUCCCCAGAUCGUUUUGCUAUUGCCGCAACAUAUAAAUUGUUUCAAUAUGAGCUCCCACCACCAGAAGAGAUCUUUCGGCACUGCGUAUCCCUGAUAGAGCCUGAUGCACCCCAAGAUCUUCAAAGAGAUGCGUGUCGCGCUUUGAUGCAGUCUAAAUCCCUGCCUGUCGAUGUCUUGAGGACUUUGUUUGGUCAGUUCGACCAGUUGAGUCAAAAUAUCAAAGUCAAUAUCCUCGGAAUUCUCCAAAACCAAAAAGCCCUGCCCCAUGAUAUUAUGACGAGUCUGUGCAGUCGAAUUGCGGGGGAAGGCGAUCAAACCCUGAAAUCAUGGAUAAUCCCAGCUCUUCACACUCACACCGAAUUACCCGAGAACGUUUUAGAGGCUCUAAUCGUUCUUGUAGGGGAUGAUAGUCUUUGGAAUGGAGAUCCAGCAUCCGACCUUCUAUGCCAACAGACGAGUCUGCCUUCCAAGAUUUUGGACUCAGCAGUAGCUUUGCUCAGCUCAGGGAAAUUCAAAGUCAAUUAUAAUGCCGCAAGAAUAUUGAUGAAGCACGCGGAUUUGGAAAAACAAGUACCACGGUGGAAUUCGCACUUUUGGGUCGGGUUAUUCAGAGCCUUUUUUUUCCAACCUCUUGAAGGGUUACUCUGUUCGAAAGACAGAGACUAUAUUUAUAUCACUACCACUGAACGUUCCUGGAAGAUCAGUAUCAAGGAGGAGGAACAGCGGUAUAAAUUGAAAGCUGCGCUUGAAGCUAUACAAGGGGAUCUUGAUGCUUUAUUGGGAGACAAAUGGAAUGAGCUCGGCUUUGCCACUCUUCCCAGGAAGAGUGAACUGCAUGGAUAAUAGUAUAUAUUAUCCUCAUUUUAAUCAAUGAUACCAUUCACAAGUAGGACAGUAUAAUAGGCAGUC